AUGGAAAUCAUCACGCCCCAGGACUACCAGAACAACGCCCGGAAGCGACAGCGCCGCAGCCUCCGCCCCUGUGAUGCCUGCCGGAAGCGCAAGACUCGCUGCGUGACCAAGGAUGGCGACGGCGACUGCGUUCACUGCCAGCUGAGAGCCACGGCCUGCACCUUUCAGCACGAUCCGCCGGAGCGUCAGGUCGCCAGUGCCAGCGGGAGCAGCAUCCACGGAAACAGCGGCGUCCAGGAUGAGGUUGGCGUCGAGGAGCACCAACUACAGCACCCGAGCCAUCAACUCCAGCAACAGCAUCAGAACCAGAGCCAGACUUCAGUACGCAGCAUGAGCCAGCAGAGCCGUAAGGAGUCGAGGGACGACGUCCAGUCGGUCCACUCUGUCCCGUCGGUGCAAGCGUUUCUGUCUCCGGCCGAAACACGCGCCUCUGCUGAUAGCAGUAUCCCUAUCGCGCCGCCAUCAGUCAUGGUCCCGGAGCUGGGACCCUUGGACCGGACUAUGGGCUGCUCCCCUACGAGAUUUGCCGAACUCUACGGUCUUGGAAGUGAUAUGGAGCCUAUACUAAUGCGACAUCGUCCCUACGAUCCUCUCACUCACGAGUUUAGCCUCGACACUCAUGCCAUUCGCCGUGUCCUCGAGAGAGACGACGGCCAGGAGUUUCCCUUGACCUUCCACAUGGCCCGUGACGAAAAAGCAGUUGAAGGCGACCCGACUUUUUCUCAGGUCGACGCCAUCGAGAGCUGUGUACGGCCCCACGGCCCAAGUCUCGUCGAGCUCUUCUGGAGACAUGUUCAGCCAUGCUAUCCUGUCCUCUCCAAGGACCCCUUCACCCUUGCCUAUAGCCAGUCUUACCGCCGGGUACCUGCCGCCCUCCUCGGAGCCGUCUAUUUGUCCGCGAUUCGCUGGUGGACCUACGACCCUGAGCUCUCCAUCAGGAACCCCCCGGACGCUGUCCUCCUACGCAGGAUGUUACGGAGUGCCAUCCCGGCAUCCUACCACCGCCCGAAGCUCAGUUCCAUCCAGGCGGCCCUUCUCCUCCUCCAGUGCCAGCCGGAGGACCCCCUCAACCCGGACCACACAUUCCAAUGGGGCCUCACCUGCCAGGCGCUUGCCAUCGGCCAAUGUCUUGGGCUUCACCUGGAUGCCAGCAACUGGACUAUUCCCCAAUGGGAGCGCAACGUUCGCAAGCGUCUGAGCUGGGCACUAUUCAUGCAGGAUCGCUGGACUGCAUUGGCUUACGGCCGUCCUGUGCAUAUUCACGACGAUGACUGGACAGUUGGUGAUCUUACUCCGGCCGACUUUUCUGAUUUUGACAGCGAGGUCCCUGCUGCUGCUGCAUCUGCCUCGGGCUCAGUUUCUAGUUCCGUCUCUGUAUCUGGCUCUGACGACGAUCGGAGGUCCAUUGCUUACACCGGGAUGACUCAGUUUAUACAGAUGGUCCGGUUGACGCAGAUCCUCUCGGUUGUCUACUCCAACUUCUACACAGCUCGGACCUGUCGUGAGCAGGACACCGUUAUCCUGUUCGAAAAGGCGCGGCCGCUUUUUGAAAUGCUGACGAGCUGGUACCACAACAUCCCGCCGACGCUGCAGAUGAACAUCAUCUAUCAGCGCAAACUGUGUUUCCACGGAUAUUUGCACUUCUCCUACUAUGGCGUAAUGAUGACCCUCCUCCGCCGCUUGAUUCGAUCUACAGCUCUCCCGCCACGCUGUUCUGACGAUCGCGUGCUCUCCAGCAUUCGCCAGAUUGCUCUCCAAACAGCCCAGAGCGCCAUCAGCUUUGUGAUAAGUCUAAGACCCGAUCAUUUAGAGGCCUUUUGGUACUUUACAUCUCCCUACCUCUUCUCGCUCCUUGGCUCCUUUACCACACUACUUCUCGUCACCUCAUUAUCAUCACAGGAGCGACAUUACUGGCAGGAGACCCUCAAUUCGUACCUUUGGAAUCUCCGAAUGAUGAGUAAGAGCCACCAACCGAUGCAAUACGCUGUGAAUCGACUUGAGGGGGCGAUAUUGCGUGGUCUAGAGCAUUCGCUCGCUGUGAAUCUCAACGAGCCCCUUAACGACAAGGUCAGCCCUAUGAUGGGCAAUUAUGCAGAUGUAUAUGAAUACACUGAUUUCGGCGACUGGGAUCUGGCGGCUGGUGCGUCAGGUCCGUAUGACCUUCUCAGCGGCCUUGUUUUACAGCAAAACCCCAUGAUGCCGCAGGAAGACCUAAGGUGA